GGAGGGCUUUGGGGAGGGGGACACAGCCCACAGGUGCUGCUGGGGGGGUCCCACCUCACUUCUGGGUGGUUUGUUCUUCCCGAGCUGGGCAAAACCGAUUUUUGGACUUUUCCGCCCGAACUCUGCCCCCCUCCUCCGCUCGGGCCAAAGGGAUUUGGGGCCGGUUUUUUUCCCCUUUUCGGAGGGAAAUCGGGUGCGUUUGUGCGCCGCGGCCGGCAGGGGAUGCGCUCGAGCCGGGAAUUCCCGCGGACAUUCCCGCCGACAUUCCCGCGGUCCUGUCCCGGCCCCCGGGGCCCCCGCGGGACCCCAAAAGCGACUGUGGGCAACCCCAGAACCCAGGACUUGGAUCUGUCCCGACCGAUGGGGCCGAGGGGGACAAAGGGGGUGUCAGACAAGUGGGGAAAAACCCCCCUAAAUGCCCGGGGGGGUGUCAGCUCCUCCUGCCCUGCCUGGUUCUGACCCUCCCAUGGCUGCAGCAUUUCUGCCACCCCCCUCCUCGUAAGAUGCUUCUUGGGGAAGCAACACCAAAUAUCACCUGUCACGUUUCAGCCUCACCCCCUAAAAACCUCAAUCAGAGGCUUUUUUGAGGUAAUUUAAUAAAUUUAUUUAAUUAAUUUAAUAAUUUUCCCCGCUGUUCGGCCCAACCCUGCGGGUGUUCCUGCACCUCCAGGUGAGCCCCCUCCUCCUCCUCCUCCUGGCUGGGGACAGGACCCCCAGGCACAGGGGAGGCUGCAGAAUACAGAGAUAUAUUUAAAAAAAACCCCAAAGAAACAUAAAAGGCCCGGUUGGUGCCGUUUCCUGGGGCCGGACGCGCGUUGGUCACGGGGUGAGAAGGUGUCCGAGGCUGGUGUCGCUCUCAGGUCGCACCAACGACCUCCAGAGCCACCAUGGCUGGGGAAAUCGUUUAUGCCGAUCUGAGAAAUCCUGGGAACGGGCCUUCCCCGGCUGAGAGAUGUCCUGCUCCUGCCCCGUGCCCGUGGUGGCACAGAGUGCUCCUGGCAGCCGGGGCGCUGGGGCACCUCGUCCUGCUGGUGCUGGUGGUGGUCCUGAGCGCGAGGGUUUUUCAGGGCUCUCCAGGUCCUGAAAGUGACCCCAGAGUUGAGAUCCAGGCCAGGAACCAGACGGAGCGAUGCAUCUUCCCGUCCCUGGUGCGGUACUUCUGCCAGCCCCAGGGGCAGAGCCCCCCAGCCCCUGCUGGCUGCAAGCUGUGCCCCCAGGACUGGCAGCUCCGUGGGGAGAGAUGCUACUGGCUCUCCAAGGAAUCGGGGAGCUGGACCCAGGGCAGGAAAAGCUGCAAAGAUCAGGGCUCCGAGCUGGUGGUGCUCAAGAACGAGACAGAAAUGGAGAACGUCGAGAGUGUCACAGACGGGAGCCCACGGUCGGUGUGGGUUGGGUUGAGGUCACGGCAGAAGGAGUGGAUGUGGGUGGAUGACACCCCCUACGACCCCCAAAGGUUUGGGGACCUGCCGGAGGUGGAUGAAGGGUGUGGGGCCCUGAAAGGCAAGAGCUUGGAGGUUGAUGGCUGUGCCAGUGACCACACGUGGGUUUGCCAAAAAACCCCUUUCCAGCUCUCCUCGCCCACGGGUGGGAAGCUGGAUGAUGCCUCCACUUGACACACUCAGGCACGGACUUUGUGUGGUACAAAAAAAAAAAUUUAUUACAAUUUUUUCAUGGUUUAUCCACCCCGUUACAUCAGCAGUAAAUUCCUGUUAGUGACUUUUCUCUAUAUCUGCUCUUUAAUUAAGCAUUUACAGAGCAGGAGAAAAAUACUCCCAAGCAAUUUCCCCCACACACACGGAUUUAUCACCGCAUGUGCAUUUAUCUUGCAAGUUCCCCUUGAGUUUCUCCCAGAGUCACACCAUCUCGGUCCCUACACUUAAGUGUUAUUUUUAUGCUUUUAUACUACUGUAGAUGACAGUAAGCCAAGCGGCUCCAUCCCUGCUUUCCUUUGCAACCAAACUGUCCUAAAAUAAACACACACAUUCCAACACCCGUCCCUUCGGUGUCGUCACUGUGAGGACAGUUCUGUGAGGGCCACUCUGUGAGGGAGGUUCUGUGAGGGCGGUUCU